UUCUUUUCCAUCUUUUCGUACCGAAGGUUGGUGAGGAAAAUUAAAGACAAAAUGUUGGGUGAAUUUGAUUGUGAGCUGUACAAUAAGUACAACAGGAUGGUGUACUACCACGUAGAGCCUUACCUGCUCAAGUACGGUAGCUUACUCAAAUGGAAGCCGAAAGAGACAAUUGUAGACGUUGGAUGUGGAACUGGCAGUACGACCUAUGACCUCAUCUACCCACUAAUUCCACGAGAUUAUUCCCAACUAAUCUGUACUGAUGCCAGUGAAAAGAUGCUCUAUGAGGCUAAGAAGAAGUUUGCAGGCGUGCCAAAGGUCACCUUUGAACUCUUUGACAUUACUGGGAGGCUGAAAAAUUCGUGGAUUGGGGCAUUUGAUCAUGUCUUCAGUUCAUUUUGCCUAAUGUGGAUUGCAGAUCAAGAGAAGGCUUUCAGUAACAUCUACCAGAUGCUCUCACCUGGCGGAGGUUGCUUCCUGAUCAUCACCAAAAUGCACGCAUUCAAGAGCACAAUGUACGAAUUGCUGGAGAAGCCAAAAUGGAAGAAAUUCCUUCCAAAUCCCGACGAUAUCUACGUGAUGCCGUACAAAAAUGACCCAAAUCCUACGGAGACCAUCCUGCAAAUGAUGAAAAAAAUUGGCUUUGUUAACGUCCAAGUUAACGUGGAAGAAAGUGAUUUUAAAUUUGAAAGUGAAGAGGAGUUCUUGGGUUUGUUCAGAUCUUUUCCCAAUCCAAUGGAUCUGAUGACGGAGGAAGAGCAGCAGGAUUACCUGGAUGAUGCAGUGGAGAUAGCCUAUGCAAACAACCUAAUCGGAGAGGCAAAUGAAGAUGAUGUAACAGGAACAAUUUUGGUUGUUUAUGGAGAGAAAUAAACUCAAAUAAUUGCAGAAGUUUUAUUAUAAACAAAUCAUAAUUGAAAUUAAUAGGUACUGAUUUUGCUUACAAAGCGUAAAAUUAUUAAAUUUAAAUUUCAGAGAAAAUUAAAAAUUUGCUGAAUGAAUAUAAUUGCUGACAGAAUAAAGCAAAACCUUUUAGCGAAUUAAAGAACUUGCUAAAAAAUAAUUAUCUGAUGAAGAAAUAUAUGAAAUUGCUGACAGAAUCAAAGAUUUUGCUGACAGAAAAAAUACAGUUUGCUGAUAAAAUUAAGGGAUUAAUUUUCAUUUUUUUUUCAAUUAAGGAAUUUGAUGACAGAAUAAAUUAUUUUGCUGACAGAAUAAAAUAAUUUGCUGAAAGAAUAAAAGAACUUGCUGACAUAAUAAAGUAAAACCUUUUAGAGAAUUAAAGAAAAUGCUGAAAAAUCCGCUUAAGAAGUAUAUGAAAUUGCUGACAGAAUCAAAGAAUUUGCUGACAGAAUAAAUCAGUUUGCUUAUAAAAUAAAGAGAUUUGCUGACAGAAUACAAUUUUCCGCUAACAGAAUAAAUUCUUUUGCUGACAAAAAAUAUUUAAUGACAGAAUAAAAGAAUUUCCAAUUCUUUAAAAAUAUUUUUCGUAAACAUUUUUUCAGCAAUUUUCUUUGUUUUUAUUGAGAAAUAAAUAUUCAAAAAAUAAGUUUUGCCAAAGUAUUUAACGACAGAAUAAAAAGACUUGCUGACAGAAUAAAGUAAAACUUUUUAAAGAAUUAAAGAACUUGGUGAAAUAUAAUUAUCUGCAGAAGAAGUAUAUGAAAUUGCUGACAGAAUAAAUCACUUCGCUGAUAAAAUAAAGGGAUUUGCUGACAGAAUACAAUUUUCCGCUAACAGAAUAAAUUCUUUUGCUGACAAAAAAUAUUUAAUGAUAGAAUAAAAGAGUUUUUAAUUCUUUUAAA